AUGGACUCUCUUUCGGCCCAGUUUAAGAGUCUUGUGGACAAAUGUGAAGCAGGCAGAAAUGAGAUCGACUCGACUCAACGGGCCAGUGAACGUCUGCUCAGCUUGCUUUCAGCGUCGCUAGGGCAGAGCGAGGCCUUGAUAGAUGAGUCUCCUGAUCCGGCCAAUGCUGCCAGUGGUGUGGUUGCUACUGGCGCUGCUCUGGUGACUGAGGCAUGUGACAAACUGCGUCAUUCAGCACGGAGUCUGCGUCUCCGCAUGGAGAACUACGUAGAUCGGCUAAACGAGGCGCUUCGCUUGACCGAGAACGAAUUGUCCCGCUGGUCCUCGUACUCUGACUGUCGAACACGCCUACUUGGCUGGCUCGACAAGGCUGAGCACGACUGGUUCGACGGUUACGAAGAGGCGCGGGACGAAGACCAAGCCGAAAUGGUGGCGACUGCAAGCGAGAAGCGAGCCCUCGCUGCCCAAUACAAGGUUGGCCCGGUUUCCUGCAUCAAAAACACCUUAAAUAGUUGUGGUCAUCCUAUUUCAGUUAAAGUGAUGAGAGAGUGGUAG